CAUUCAAGUAGAUAUUGUUGAAUUGUUAACAACGCUCAUGUUGACGAGUUUUUAAUUAUUUAAUGUAUAUUUGUUAUAUAUUCUGUCUAUGAGCGAAACAGAGAGAAAGGGACAGACAUAUACAGAGGCCAGGGCCACAGUCAGAAGAGAGAAAGAGAGCGACAGCUUGCAUAUAUAUUGUAUAAACAACAAAAAACAACUAAACCAAAAAUUUCAACCGAAAACAACAAAAAUACCAAGAAAUAUAUAUUUCUUAUACAUACGUAUAUAUGCACCACACAUGCAUAUAUGCAUGUUCAAUGCAUAUGUGUAUGUUGUGUGUGUCGCCAUAUGUGUAUGUGUUGUUGUUUUCGUUGUAUGUAUGUAUAUGUGUAGUAUGCCUGUAUGCAUAAUAUACCUUCACACAUACUCGAGCAUAUGUACACACGCGCACACACACACGCAUACAUACAUACAUAGUAUAUGCAUAUCUAUUCACCUACUGUACCACUUCACAUUAUGUAAGCAGCGGAAAAACAGCGACGCCAAAAAAGAAAAAAACCAAGCAAAAGCGAAAAAAAUGCAAAAAAAAAACUAUAACUAAAAUAUAACCAAGAAACAACGAGAAUUGAACAGCAAUGUUAUAAAUCAUUAAUAAUUGUAAUUUGUAAAUGUUCCGUAACCACAAAAAUGCCACGCCCACGCUCAAACCAAUAGUCGAAAAAAUCAUAUUAGAAGAAAGCGCAACAGAGGCGGUAAAAUGUCUUCGAUUGUGGCGCCGAUCAUAAAUCUAGCCGAUGAUCUUGAGGAUGGUGAGAUCGAUGAUGAUGACGAAGAGGAAGAGCCACAGAAAUUGCCAAGAGAGCAAUCACAGCAACAACAACUACAACAACACCAACAGCAACAACAAAAUAAACUAAACUCAUCGAAUGAUGAUGUUCAAUUUGUGGGAACUGAGAAAUUGCUGCCAAACAGCCAUCAUGAUGAUGAUGUUGUAUUCCUUGGUCUGGCCAAUGAAUCAUCCUCCGCUCUCGCCCCCAAAUCCAAGAAACCACGCCCACUAGAAGAUGAUCAUGCAGUGAGCAUUGAGAAUGCCAUUGCCAAGGUGCUCAAACGAAGCGGCAUUGAGCCGCCCAUGCCACGAAUCCACAAUAACAACAACAGCAACAAUAGCAGUAACAAUAACAACAGCAAUGCCGGCAACACCAACAUCAAUAUCAACAACAACAACAGCGAUGCCGAUGGCUCCAUUUUGGCUGGCGAUGUUGCAGCUUCCUCUUCGGCAGCUGCAGCUGCAGCAGUGGGCAGCGAUGCAACUCAACAGCAGGCGACACUGAGUCGGAGCAGUCGGCGACGCAAGCGCAAAAAGGAACGCGAACGCGAGCAGAAGAAGGACAAAGAGUAUCAGAAACGCGCCCGUCGCGACUCAAUGGACGAAGCCGGCGGCGCCGCCGCCAGCGACGAAAUGGACAUGGACGAGUACGAGAUGAUGAACGUGCGUGGCGGCAGUCCGCCGCCAGGUGGCGCACCCAGCGCGUCAACAAAUGCACCCGGCGGCAGCCGUUACAACAGCGAUUGGCCCGAAAUGGGCGAAGCGGGCGGUGGUUACGAUUCACCGCCGGACAAUUACAGCAGCUACGAUUCCUAUUCGGACGAUGAGCCGGGCAAUGCGGGUGCAGCACUCGGAAGCGGUGGAGGUGGCGGCGGCGGGGGACGACGUCGCCAGCGUAGGGAACGGGACAAGGAGCAACGCGGUGGGAGGAAGCGACGUGAACGCGAUCGAGAACGCGAUCGUGAACGCGAACUGUUGAUGAUGGAUCGUCGUGGACACGAUGGCGGUGGCGGAGGCGGGAAUAAGCGUAAUCGUCGGGAUUCGGGUGGGGAUGAGAAGCCGCGGGAGCCGCGCAAACUGGAGCUAUGCAAAUUCUAUCUGAAGGAUUGCUGUGCGAAGCGGGACAAGUGCAGUUACAUGCACAAGGAGUUCCCAUGUAAAUAUUACUACCUGGGCAUGGAUUGCUAUGCCGGCGACGAUUGUCUCUUCCAUCACGGCGAACCGUUGACCGAGCAGCUGCGCAACAUACUCCUGAAGCACAUGGAGACGGCACCCAAGGAGAUACUCGGUGACUUUAAGCGCAUCUCACGCGAUGUUGCGCUCUCCCAAAUGACGCGACGUCACGAACAAUUGUGCGAACAAUAUCACAUGGAGAACAGUUGGAUCACCUUGGCCAGCGCGGGACUCAGUCGACUCCAGGAGCAACAGCAGGCGGCGGCAGCGGCCAAAGUGACCGCCAAUCAAGCGGCAGCCAUUGCAGCGGUCAGCGCCAAUUUGCAACAAGUUGUGGCCGCUGCCAAUGCGGCUGCAGCGGCAGCAGCAGGAGCAACCUCUGCAGCUACGGUUGCUGCGGCAGCUGGCGGUGGCAAUACGAUACCAUCUCUGCUCGAUAUGGUCAUCAAUCCGCCAACGAAUCUGCAUCAUGGUGGAGGCGGCGUCGGUGGCGAUUCGAAGCCGGAGAAGAAACGCAAAUCGCGUUGGGCUGAAAAGUCAGCGGCCAAAGCGGCGGCAUCCACAACACCAACAACAACAGCAAUAGCUGGAGUUGGAGUUGGAGCUUCCUCGUCGACAGGAUCUGGCACUGUCAUCACUUCCACUGCCAGUACAACAACACAGAAAGCCUUGCCUGCCCAUCUCGAUCUCGUCAAUCUGACGCAGGUGCUGAGCGCUGAGCACAUGGCCAAGCUGAAUAAGCUGGGCAUCAGCAAUCUGGAGCAGAUGCUCCAGGUGCCCUUCGGCCAGCUAACUGAGGCGGGACUCACGCUGCCCGAAAUUGGCGAGAUUCAGCGCAAGGCCGAGGAGGCCAAGCCCCAGGAACCGGGAAGCACCACAGCGGCCGAUAAAAGCACUUCAAAGGCGGAUCAGGAUGUGAACACGUUGGCCAGCUCGUCGAAUAGCAACAGCAACAGCAACAACGGCUUUAUCAUGGUCGACUACACACAGUAUCUGAAGGAUGCCCAUGUCAGCUUCCCCGGCAACGAUCCGCUGGACGAUGAUCGGGAGGAAGAUGAAGAACAGUUGGUCAUCGACGAUGGCACCGAGGAGACGGACGAUUCCGAAUCGGAGCCCAAGUCGAAGAAAACCAAAAGCGCUGGCGACGACGAUGAAGAGAAGAAGGAUGUGGAGAAAGAGGAGGAGAUGCCGCCAAUGCCAUCGGUGUUCGAUCUGCCCACAUUCAUGAGCAACAUGCUCGGCCAGCAAUCGACCAACCAAUCGAUCAACUCGCCCACAGAGCCAAGCACCGAGACAGCAACAACAACAACAACAGAGGACAACAAGAAGGAGGAACGCGCCGCUUUCUAUCGCGACAUCAUACGCAAUCCCUUCAAGACGCACAGCGGCGAUGCAGCCGACGAUGGCUCCGCCGAUGGCGAUGGCGACAACUACCAUUUCAAAUACACCGAUGCGAGCACCGCUUCCAAUUCCAAUUCGCGUUCGUUGACGCCAACGCCAACUCCCGAGCCGGGUUCGCAAUCCCCCAAAGAGGAUAAAUUGCAACUGAUUAGUUUGGAGGCUGGCCCAAGUGCUGGCCUAGGCUUGGGCUCAACAUCGAUAUACUCGCGUCUUUCCAUGUACGACUACGAUCCCGCAAAGGCGGCGCUCGAGGAUGCGGCACGCGUCUCGGACGCGCAACGUGAACGCGAUCGGGACAUCGAUAUGCGUUUGCCAUUCGAACCGAUGAAGCAUUAUUUGCCAGCGACCGAAAUCGAUGCGGCGAUCUUUUCCCACAUCCCCAUACGCUGGCACAUGCAAGAGGUGCUCGUGGAGCCGCCCAACUACAGCCAAUUGCGUCAGCAUGCCAGCCACAAGGAGCAGCGAGAGUUGCGUGAUCCCCGACUGCGUCGCAUCCUCGGCAUGCCGGAGCUAACGGAUGAGAGCACCGGCUCGGGUCUGGGCAGCAGUCACAGUGGCAGCGCAACGCUCUCUGGGUCAGCUGGUGGCGAUGCCCGGCGACGGGAGCGCAAGACGAGCAACUGCAUCUCGUCACCGGAUGCUCACGAAUCGACGCCCAGUUCACCGCCUCCGUCCAUGCAACUGCCGGCUAUGAAUGUGCCGCCGCCGUCGUCGACGUCGUCGAGUGGCGAUGCAGGAGGAGGUGCUUCGGCAUCAGGAGCUGCAACCACACGCAGCGAUCCGCGUCGGGAUCCGCGACGUGCGCAUUUAAAUGCCGCCAGCUCCACAACGAGCGCGGGCUUCGGAGCGGCCUCAGCCACCGCUUCGGGUGCUGCUGCAGUCGACAGCAGUCGGCAAAUACUCGAGAUACGCAAUCUGUUGCAGAGCUCCAAUUGGUACAAGCAGCUGGGCAGCAACAACAAGAUCAUGGUGAAUCAACAGCUGGCGCUCGUGUUCACCGAACUGAAGAAGUUCCAUCAGCAGGAGUCGAGCACGAAGAUCUUCGACGUCAACUUCAUCGUGAACAAUCAGACGCUGCAGCAAAUCUUCGCCAAGCUCCACAUCUACAUCGAUGACAAUGGGCUGGUGGUGCAACUGCCCGAGGAGCCGCCACAGAAUGUGGCAACUGCCGCGGUGCCAGUGGUUCCCAUUUUGCCGAAUAUGUCGCAGCCGCCACCGAAUUUGGCGCAACUGUUGCGUCAACCGCCGCCGCAAGUGGCACGCGGCAUGGUUGCUGGUGGCAUGCCACCGUUUAAUCAACCGCCACCUGGGCCACGCAACAAUAACAAUAAUAACAACAACAACAAUGGUGGCAAUCAGAACAACAGCAAUAACAACAGCAUACUCGGAAUGCCGCCGAAUGUGAAUGUGAAUGUGCCGAAUGUGAAUGUUAUGGGCGGUGUGAUGAGCAACAAUCCAUUCAAUCCUUUCGCUGGCGGUGGCAACAACAUGAAUAAUAUGAACAACAUGAACAUGAACAAUAUGAACAACAUGAACAGCAUGGGCAUGAAUAGCAUGAACAGCAUGAAUAACAGGAAUAUGGGCAUGAAUAAUAUGCCACCCAAUAUGGGCGGCAUGAAUAGCAUGAAUAUGAACAGCAUGGCCAUGAAUAACAUGGGAAUGCCGCCGUUUAACAAUGGCGCCAAUGUGCCAUUCAAAAACUUUGGCGGCCCUGGUAACAAUAAUAACAAUGGCGGCGGCAACAAUCAGGGUCGUCAGCACUUUGCCGGCAACAAUCGAAAUCGCGGCAAUGGUAAUCGAAAUCGAAACAACUAAAAUAAUGCUCACUCCCCCCUCCCAACACUCACACACACACACACAAACUUAAUGAACUACACUAAGAGAUGAAACGAGCCCGUGUUAAACUUAGUUUUUUUUUUUUUAAGAAUAGCUUUAACGGUUUUUUGCUAUUACGAUCUACUUAAAAAAAAUCGGAUUUGGACUGCUAUGUAAUUUGUAUAUUAUCCUAAUCUAUAAAUUUAAUUGUUUUUUUUUUAUAUGUGUAUAUACACAUACAUGUAUGAUUAUCUAUAGAUUAUAUAUAUAAUAUAUAUACAGACAUAAUUUUAUUAUAUUUUUUUUUAUUAUUAUGGAUAAGUGAACUAUAAACUCGGAUGUCGUCGCGCCUACGUACUGAUUAACGAAAAACAAAAAGAAGAAAUAUGUAGUCUUAGUCGAAACUCAAUUUGUAUUUCACACUAUGUGUAAGCUCUUAGCUAAGCAGACCUACGAAAUAAAAGGAUUGUGUUAAGUA